AUGACAUCCCACAACCCUCUCGACAGCCCCGACUCCUAUGGGGUCGCCUGGAUCGCUGCUCUUCCCAUCGAGCGGGCCGCUGCAGAAGCGAUGCUCGACGAGGAACACGCGCCCCCAACUGGCUUUGUUAGACACCAAACCGACGCAAACGUUUAUACAUGGGGCCGUGUGGGAGAGCACAACAUCGUCAUCGCCUCUCUUGCCGCUGGAGUCUAUGGAACCACCUCGGCUGCGACCACGGCCUCGAGUCUGCUUGCCUCUCUGCCAUCCAUCCGUGUUGGUCUUUUGGUCGGCAUAGGCGGCGGCAUCGCCCGACCAGACGAGGACUGCGAUAUCCGGCUCGGCGACAUUGUCGUGAGCCAGCCCGACGGGACCACAGGCGGCGUCUGCCAGUAUGACUUGAUCAAGGCCAAAUCUGGUGACAGGCGUGAGCGCAAAGGCUUCCUGAGGCCACCUCCGACCGUCCUCCUUAAUGCGCUUACCAGAAUCCAGGCCGAUCACGAGCGGAAGGACUCCAAGAUUCCCUGCUUCCUUCAACAGAUGCUGGAAAAGAAUCCGAAGAUGGGCAAGACAUCCAAGCAAAGUCCUGGCUAUAUUUACCAAGGCAUCGACAAUGACCGCCUCUUCAAAACUUCAAGUAGCCACGUCGCGGGGCCGGACUGUCGGGGCUGCCACGCGGCUGGUGAGGUUCAACGCGAUCCUCGAGACACCACCGACCCCGAUGUCCACUAUGGGACCAUCGCAUCCGGCAACUCACUUGUCAAAGAUGCGGCUACGCGUGAUCGGAUUGUUGCCGACGUCGGCGAGGAUUGCAUCUGUUUUGAGAUGGAAGCAGCCGGCCUCAUGAACCACUUUCCCUGUCUUGUGAUCCGAGGGAUCUGUGACUACGCCGAUUCCCACAAGAACGAUCGAUGGCAACGCUACGCCUCGGCCACCGCCGCCGCGUAUGCCAAGGAGCUCCUGACGUAUGUGCCGGUCGCGGAGGUUCACGAGACCAAGAGAGCACUGGAAGUGCUUCGUAUGGUUCUCAGUGCGACUGUGCUGGAUCGUCUCAAGAAGGGAAACGACCGUCUCAUCCUCAGCUUCUUCUUUGACUUUAGCGACACGACAAAGCAGACCUUGGAUGGCAUGCUGCGGUCGCUCGCUUUCCAACUGUACCAAGGGGGGGCUGGUUCUGCAGGUCCUCUAGACACCUCCUUCCAAGCACACCAGAAUGGAAGCGACCAACCGGCUACGAAGACGCUCGAGGACGUUGUAUACAAGAUGCUUGCAGUUCAGAAGAAAUGUUCUGUUGUUCUAGACGCCUUGGACGAGUCGACAACAGGAGAUGAACUUCUCCUGUGGAUGAAGGACGUGGUGUCCAGGUCAGAGUUGGGCGGUGUCCAGCUGAUAUGUACCAGUCGGCCUGAGGCCAAGUUCUUGCGCUACAUCCCCUCGUUGAUCGAUGAAGAGAACUGCUUGGCACUCGACAAGGAGUCCAUCGACAUCGAUAUCCGAUCCCUGGCUCGAUGUCCUCAUGAGGUGGCUAUUGAGGAAGCUCUCGCAUCUUUGCCGCGGAACCUGGAAGAAACAUACCGACGCAUGAUUCAAAACAUACCGGCGGACCGUCAAAGAGACGCGAUACGGCUCUUGCAGUUUCUGGUGCACUCGAAGCGACCUCUCAAGCUGGCCGAGGCUAAAGAAGUAAUCGCAACACAGAUCGAACACAAGCCACGGUUUGACGUCAAACGUCGACCGUUUCACGAGACCUACGUUUUAGGCUACUGUCCCGGCUUAGUGACAGUCGUCCACGUCACGGAUGAGGAGCUCCACUCCGACAAGGAGCUACAUCUUGCCCACUUUUCCGUCAAAGAGUACCUUCUCAAAGACAACCAGUUCGACAUCCCGACCGCCAGCAUUUCCAUCACGAAGACAUGCUUGACGUAUCUUACAGAUAUCAACGGUAGCUUCAAGAAGAUCAAGCGGGAUUUUCCGAUGGCAACAUAUGCUGCAAAACUUUGGACGGACCACGCUGCGUUGGCUCAGGCUUCGGAAGAUAUAGUUCAAGCGACAGUCAGGUUCCUAGAAAAGGAAGCAACGUUCCAACGGUGGGCUCGACUAUGCCAGGGUGAUGGGCCUUGGGACGAUGGCUCAGGUCCCCCACAAGCUUCCAGGCUCUAUUAUGCUUGUUUCUUUGGACUCGUGGCGUCUGCACGGGAUCUUAUCAGCAAUGGAGCGGAGGUCAACGCGCAGGGCGGCGAAUACGGUAACGCUCUCCAAGCCGCCUCAUCGAGAGGCCAUCAAGAGAUUGUCAAACUGCUCUUGGAUAAGGGAGCAGACGUCAACGCGCAGGGCGGCCGAUAUAGCAACGCUCUCUAUGCCGCCUCAUUGAAAGACCAUCAAGAGAUUGUCAAACUGCUGUUGGACAAGGGAGCAGACGUCAACGCGCAGGGCGGCGAAUACGGCAACGCUCUCCAAGCCGCCUCAUGGGAAGGCCAUCAAAAGAUUGUCAAACUGCUCUUGGAUAAGGGAGCAGACGUCAACGCGCAGGGCGGCCGAUAUAGCAACGCUCUCUAUGCCGCCUCAUCGAGAGGCUGUCAAGAGAUUGUCAAACUGCUCUUGGAUAAGGGAGCAGACGUCAACGCGCAGGGCCGCCCAUAUGGCAACGCUCUCCAGACCGCCUCAUGGGAAGGCCAUCAAGAGAUUGUCAAACUGCUCUUGGAUAAGGGAGCAGACGUCAACGCGCAGGGCGGCCGAUAUAGCAACGCUCUCUAUGCCGCCUCAUUGAAAGACCAUCAAGAGAUUGUCAAACUGCUGUUGGACAAGGGAGCAGACGUCAACGCGCAGGAUGGCAGGUAUCGCAACGCUCUCUAUGCCGCCUCAUUGAGAGGCUAUCAAGAGAUUGUCAAACUGCUGUUGGACAAGGGAGCAGACGUCAACGCGCAGGGCGGCUACCGCGGCAACGCUCUCCAAGCCGCCUCAUCGAGAGGCCAUCAAGAGAUUGUCAAACUGCUCUUGGACAAGGGAGCAGACGUCAACGCGCAGGGCAACCCCAACGGCAAUGCUCUCCUGGCCGCCUCAUGGGAAGGCCAUCAAGAGAUUGUCAAACUGCUCUUGGACAAGGGAGCAGACGUCAACGCGCAGGGCGGCUACCACGGCAACGCUCUCCAGGCCGCCUCAUCGAGAGGCCAUCAAGAGAUUGUCAAACUGCUCUUGGACAAGGGAGCAGACGUCAACGCGCAGGGCGGCUACCACGGCAACGCUCUCCAGGCCGCCUCAUGGGAAGGCCAUCAAGAGAUUGUCAAACUGCUCUUGGACAAGGGAGCAGACGUCAACGCGCAGGGCGGCUACCACGGCAACGCUCUCCAGGCCGCCUCAUGGGAAGGCCAUCAAGAGAUUGUCAAACUGCUGUUGGACAAGGGAGCAGACGUCAACGCGCAGGGCGGCGAAUACGGCAACGCUCUCCAAGCCGCCUCAUCGAGAGGCCAUCAAGAGAUUGUCAAACUGCUCUUGGACAAGGGAGCAGACGUCAACGCGCAGGGCGGCUACCACGGCAACGCUCUCCAGGCCGCCUUAUCCGAAGGCCAUCAAGAGAUCGCUAUACUUCUCUUGGACAAGGGAGCGGACGACAACGCGCAGGGCGGCAGGUAUGGCAACGCUCUCUAUGCCGCCUCAUCGAGAGGCCAUAAAGAGGUCGUCAUACUGCUCUUGGACAAGGGAGCGGACGUCAACGCGCAGGGCGGCUACCGCGGCAACGCUCUCUAUGCCGCCUCAUCGAGAGGCCAUAAAGAGGUCGUCAUACUGCUCUUGGACAAGGGAGCGGACGUCAACGCGCAGGGCGGCUACCGCGGCAACGCUCUCCAGGCCGCCUCAUGGGAAGGCCAUCAAGAGAUUGUCAAACUGCUCUUGGACAAGGGAGCAGACGUCAACGCGCAGGGCGGCCAAUAUAGCAACGCUCUCCAAGCCGCCUCAUCGAGAUGCCAUCAAGAGAUUGUCAAACUGCUCUUGGACAAGGGAGCGGACGUCAACGCGCAGGGCGGCAGGUACGGCAACGCUCUCCAGGCCGCCUCAGAGGGAGGCAAUAAAGAGGUCGUCACACUGCUCUUGGACAAGGGAGCAGACGUCAACGCGCAGGGCGGCGAACACGGCAACGCUCUCCAAGCCGCCUCAGAGGGAGGCAAUAAAGAGGUCGUCACACUGCUCUUGGACAAAGGAGCGGACGUCAACGCGCAGGGCGGCAUAUACGGCAACGCUCUCCAGGCCGCCUUAUUCGAAGGCCAUCAAGAGAUCGCUAUACUUCUCUUGGACAAGGGAGCGGACGUCAACGCGCAGGGCGGCAUAUACAGCAACGCUCUCCAGGCCGCCUCAUUGACAGGCCAUAAAGAGCCACACAUAAAACUCUCGGUGGAGGACGAUGACGGUAUCGGGGAGAGCGUCGGGGGUAUUAAUCCACAGGACCAUUACGAAGCUUUCUUGGAUGUCCUUUCAACGGUUCAAGGCAGCGAGAUCAGGGAUAUGACAGCGACCUCGGCCCUGAGGCGCUUGGACGAAGAGGCGAGGGCAGUUGACCCAAGCCAGGAUGACAACAAUGCUGCCCAGCGUGGUCGCCAUUUCUAUACCAUGUUACAGGACCUCCAAGACUCGCCUUUCCGCGGCAUGGGACUGCCCAGUCGGGAGGAGAUCGACGCGGUAUUGAAGGUCCAGAAGAAAGAGGACAGCAGCGUCACGGCGAAGAUCCAGGGCAGGCAAACGAAUCUGUCUUCUGCGCAUGCCGGCGAGCCACACGGGAGCCCACGGUUGCCCGUUCACGGAUGCGAAAGAUCUCCAGAAGGGGUCGGCCCCGGACAGAUGCAGCUCGAACUUGGCCGUUAUGCAACGUACGUCGAUGUAGCCCUGGGGCUCACAAGGCACUGGACCCUGAACAAGCUCCGGUCGUUAACAGUCUUACUACCCGCGGCGUUUAACCUUUACUCAUUCCUCAAGGUAAAUGAUGGGGAAACGAAUCGGCGGCCAAAAUCCUCAGAACCAGUGUUGAUUAAAAGCCCUUGCAAAACGCUAUCUAACCACAUCACCUGCACCGGGGCGCGAUCCGCAGCGCGGCUGCAGCAGGUGUGGAAAGAGAGGCAAUCGCGGGCGCGCAGCCACCCUGAAAAUCUCUUCCGCCAACGCACAUACCAACAAGCUACCCGGUCCACCCAUAGUUGCCUGGACAACCACGCCACCGCGAACCCUCGACACCACCACCAGUCGGUGCCCAACACCCUAACAAAGAUAGUGCCGACCCGCAUAAACAAGGAGAUCCUAGUCAAAGGCAGAGGAAUGCCAGCCGAUCUCGCCAAACGCACCCCACAAGAAACCAUCCAGGCCGUCAACCGGGUGUCUAUCAAGAAGGGAGCAGUUGCAGCCCGAAGGCUCCCCAGCGGCGACACGAUCGCGAUGAAAAUUAAAAUCCUACUCUGGAACACCGAAGGAAUCAAGCAAACACUGGAAGUUUUGCUGGAAGAGGCCAAAUACGACCUCCUGGCGGUGCAAGAACCGUGGAUCAACAAGGAAACGAAGUCCACAUACUGCCCCCGGGGCAGCAGAUACCACCUGGUAUACAAACUCGAGGGGCGGGCGGCGAUAUAUGUAAGCAAAAGGUUUGAAAUCAGGCAGUGGGACUCCGAAGCCACGGAGAAUUGGUGUCGCGUGUGGUUUCUAGAGGCGGACCUAGGCGGAGAAGGUCGCGGAUUCGAGCUUUGGUCCAUCUACAACCCUCCCGGCGGUGAGAACGUGCCGAGAGCCCUCCAGGGGCGGCCAAGGCCGAGCCACCCGGUGGUGCUAGCAGGGGACUUCAACCUAAAGCACCCACUAUGGGACGAGUUUGGACGCUACGACAGGAAAUCCGAAGACCUAUUGAAGCUGAUAUACUACGGAGAAGAGUGUCGUGGAAAGUCGGACCACUACCCCACAGGUGCUCGAGGUCGGGGGAGGGCAUGGGCCGAGGCCCAACCCAACCCAGACGGCUGGGCCUGGAAGAAGAUGGACAAGGAGAGGGUGAAGGCUGAAUCAACGCUACUGUGCAAGGCUAUGGGACUCACAGACCCGGGACCGAACGGGCUACUGGCCAGGAUCCGAACAGGGAAAGCUACUCCGCGGAAGAAGGGGAGCUGCGGCUAUAGCUCUCCUUGGUGGACUGCGGAGGUGCAACAGGCCGCCCGGGAGGCCCGGAGGGCAGAGAGGCUGGCGAAGGAGACUCGGGCAGAGUACUGUUGGGAGGAGCUUGGCGAGAGGCUCAGGGACCUUGCCAGGAUAACACGUGAAGCGCGGACGAGGGCUUGGAGGAACAAUCUGCAGGACGCAAGCGAGGCAGAGAAGCCUGACCGGAUCUGGAGACUGGAAAGAUGGGCUAGGCUACGGAGCUUUUUACCGCCCGAACCACCGAGGCUACCGGCAUUUAAGGACUCGUCCGGGCGGGUAACAGCCGAAACGCAUGACCAGAAGGCCAGCGCACUAGCCGAGAGGUUCUUCCCGGACCCUCCGGCCAACCUAACGGACGUGGAAGAUCCAAGCCUUCCUAGGGCAGCUGGAACCCGGGCUUCGGACGUCUCUCAGGCAGUGACACCGACCGAGGGUCACGAAGGCAAUAGGAGGAGCAAGCCCCCUGGAAGGCGCCAGGGGAAGGACCUGCUGCCGAUGGGUCUUCUGUCCAGGAGGCGUGGAGACAGAAGGCCGCGGCGUCCCUACUGCAACUUGACAUUUCAGGAGCCUUUGACACGGUCAACCACACCCCGAUUGCUAGCAACGCUGCGGGAAAUGGGCUACCCGAGGUGGCUAGUCCUCUGGACUAAAGACUGGUUGACGGGCCGCGAGGCCAUCCUCCUUUUUGACGGCAAGGCAGCGGCACCGACGGCAGUUCGGGCAGGGGUCCCCCAAGGCUCACCCCUUUCCACUGUCCUCUUCAUCCUCUACAUUUCCUCACUAUACAAGCAGCUAAAAGACGAACACCCUCACUUGGCUAUAGCGGGGUUUGCGGACGACCAACCUCAUGGGGGGGGCACCAGCCCCGUCAGGCCGACGGAGUCUGCCAGGUUCCUAGGAGUCUGGCUGGACCGGAAGCUCAACUGGAAAGCCCACCUUGCGGCGGUGGAAAAGAAAAUGAAGACCCAGAGCUACGCACUGUCGAGGAUAGCGGCGAAAACGUGGGGACCAGGGCUAGCCAAAGCGCGAGAAGUGUACACAAAGUGCAUCCGGUCAGCGCUGGCCUAUGGCGCAUCGUCGUUUCACAUCCCCACGGACGUGGAAGGCGAGCCGGUAAAGAAAGGCAUCACCUGGGGCCCUCGGGAAGACUUUGAAAACAGACUCCAGCGAACCGACCUGGACGACGGCCAGGGCGGCAAGAGGACCGCAGGGGGCAUCAUUCUCACUGCCUGUCGCAAGAUACAGCAGAGGCUCCGCCCGAGGAGCGGCAACAGAGGCCGGCCGCGAACCGUGGGACUGCAGGAGCCCACGGCAGUGGAGAAAACCGCGAGCACGAUCGCGCGCUGGACGGGGGGAGCCGCAGACACGGACAGUGUGGUAGAGGACGCCUGGAGAGCGAGGUGGCUGAAGGAACGAGACGGCAGAGCAGUCAUCAGACCGGCGGACGACCUUGACCAUCAGCGGGAGACGCUGUUUCGGGACGAAACCCUAAGACGACACGACGGCCUGAGCAAGGCGAAGAGCUCUCUGCUGGUCCAGAUCCGGACAGGGGCAGUAGGCCUACGGGACUUUCUGUUUACACGGGGAGUCCCAGAGGUCCUAACGCCCGCCUGCCAGUGCGGCGAGGGACGGGAGACUGCCGAACACCUGGUGGUGUGGUGUUUGGCUCCACCGCUGACUCGAAGAUGGGAGAGAACUGAUAUUCGAACGCGACGGGACUUUUACUCUGUUCUACACGGUAUUGAUCCUACAUCGGCACGGCUCGCGGGGAGGGUCCUGGAAUGGCUAAUGGACUCAGGGAGGCUGAUGAUGUUCAGUUUGGCCAGGAGGCUUGAGCUGGAAGCGGCGGCCUAG